AUGGUAGAGGACUCGUCAAAUAGCAAUGUGGUAAGGCCAAUUCCGGCCAUACCCAUGGACUCGCCCGACUACGAAGCGUUGCCCUCUCAUGCUCCGCUGUACCAUCAGCUAAUAGCGGGUGCGUUCGCUGGUAUAAUGGAACAUUCAGUGAUGUUCCCAAUAGACGCCCUGAAAACGCGAAUACAAUCAACAAACGGGAAGUCGCUGUCCACCAAGAAUAUGCUUUCGCAGAUAUCUCAUAUAUCCACUUCAGAGGGGACCCUGGCCCUGUGGAAGGGUGUCCAGUCCGUUAUAUUGGGUGCUGGGCCUGCCCAUGCUGUGUACUUUGGGACGUACGAGUUCUGCAAGAAGAACCUGAUUGACCCAAGCGAUACGCAAACACACCACCCUUUCAAGACAGCCAUCAGUGGUGCCUGUGCCACAACGGCCUCAGACGCACUAAUGAACCCAUUCGAUACGAUAAAACAAAGAAUCCAACUAAACACCUCCGCAUCAGUAUGGCAGACCACAAAGCAGAUAUACCAAUCUGAAGGCUUGGCAGCAUUUUACUAUUCUUACCCAACCACUUUAGUAAUGAACAUCCCAUUCGCAGCAUUUAAUUUCGUCAUUUAUGAAUCAUCAACUAAAUUCUUCAACCCAUCAAACGAGUACAAUCCCUUAAUACAUUGUCUGUGCGGUAGUAUCAGUGGAUCCACGUGUGCGGCAAUCACCACUCCCCUGGACUGCAUAAAGACGGUCCUGCAAAUAAGGGGCAGUCAAACGGUUUCCUUGGAACUAAUGAGAAAGGCAGAUACUUUCAGUAAGGCGGCCGGCGCUAUUUAUCAACUCUAUGGCUGGAAGGGGUUUUGGAGAGGUUGGAAACCAAGAAUCGUGGCAAACAUGCCCGCUACCGCUAUAUCAUGGACAGCUUAUGAAUGCGCAAAGCAUUUUCUAAUGACCUGUUAG